GCUUCCCAUCGUUGGCAUUUUGCCCUAGACCAAGCGAUUCUCAAAGAAUACAAUUCUAGGAUUUCUGGGUGGUUGAGACCCACUUUUAGGACCGCCCGGUCUACGGGUAAAAAGCCAAAGUUCCUUGGCGAUGAUGUGUGGGAGAUGCUUUGCCGCCACUGGGCUACGGAUGCCUCAUUUUUGCUGAGAAGCGAAAUGGGCAAGGCAAACCGGGCUUCCGAGAAAGCCAAGGAAGUUCAAUGGCACGGGGGCCGCAAACCCCAAAGUCAACAUAAAAAAGAUCUGGAAGGAUCUGGACCCGUGAAAAAACGGGUCACGCCAUUGAAACUCAUGGCACAUUGCUGGACUAAGAAGGGUGCCAUGCCGCCUCCCCGCCUUUAUGAAAUUGAAGUAAAUAAUGAAACAUAAUUCAAUAAAUUUCGAUUUUUUUAGAUCUCUUAUAUAAUAAAUUUUUGAACUUGUAGAAAAAAUAUGAGGAAGAGCGGGGGAAGAGAGUUGAUGAGCUAGCUGAUUCUGAUGACGAACUUGAUGAAAAUCAAGAUGAUGAAGCCAUCUUGGCGGCAACCGGAGUUUACAAGGGCCGGGUGCCGUUUAUGGGUUCUGAAGGCGUACGGAUCCU